UCACAUAGAUGAAUGAAUUUGGAGAAAAUAUGAGAAGAGUGAAGAGAAGUGGAUAAGGAUGUGUAAGUAAUAAUAAAAAUCCUCGAGUGAGUGAAGGAAGGAAGAAAGGCGGAGCAGCAGCCAGCAGAUCUAUACGUAACUAACUAACAAACAAAGUGCGAUGGGCGAUGAUCUUCCUGAUCAAUCGAAGAAUGAAGAAUUACAAGACGAAGAAAGUUUCGCAUAUGCUAUUCAACUCUGCAACUCUGUUGUUCUAUCCAUGGCACUUCAAUCUGCAACUGAACUCGGCGUAUUUGAAGUCUUACAAAAAGCAGGUACAGAUGUUAAACUAUCCGCCGAUGAGAUCGCUUCUCGUCUUUCCUGUACAAAUCCAGAUGCCUCCAAAAUGUUAGAUCGUAUUCUCGCUCUUCUUGCUUCUCACUCCGUCAUCAACUGUUCUGUACUUCCCGAUCAACAUAACUUUGGAUCUUUUCAUAGAUUCUACACUAUGGCUCCUGUUGCCAAAUUCUUUGCUCCUAAUUCCGAUGGCGUUUCUUUAGGACCCUUGAUUGCUUUGCAUCAUGAUAAGAUCUUCUUGGAUAGCUGGUCUCAGCUUAAAGAUGCAAUUCGUGAAGGGGGUGUUCCAUUCAACAGGGUUCAUGGCACUCAUGCCUUUGAGUAUCCAAGUUUGGACUCAAGGUUCAAUCAAGUUUUUAAUACAGCAAUGAUCAAUCACACUACUAUUGUUAUGAAGAAAGUUCUUGAAUGCUACAAAGGUUUUGAUGAGGUCAAAAGGCUUGUGGAUGUUGGUGGUGGUCUCGGGGUUAACAUUAACUUGAUCACUUCAAAAUACCCUCAUAUACAGGGUAUCAAUUUCGACUUGCCUCAUGUCAUACAACACGCCCCUUCCUAUCCUGGAAUUGAACACGUUGGGGGAGAUAUGUUUGAAAGUGUGCCUAAAGCAGAUGCAAUCUUUAUGAAGUGGAUACUUCAUGACUGGAGUGAUGAGCAGUGCUUGAAGCUUUUGAAGAAUUGCUAUGAUGCUAUUCCAGAUGAUGGAAAGGUGAUUGUUUUGGAGGCAGUUCUUUCUAUUAUACCCGAGAAUAAUGCUGCCUGGAAAUUUGCAGCCCAGUCAGAUGUUCUGAUGAUGACUCAAAAUCCAGGAGGGAAAGAGCGAACUGAGCAAGAAUUCAUGGAUUUAGCAAAUGGAGCUGGAUUUAGUGGCAUUAGAUAUGAGUGUUAUGUCCAUACUUUUUGGGUUAUGGAGUUCUUUAAGUAGAUACCAUCCGCUCUGCUCAUUGCGAUUUUUGUUUUUGUUCAUAACAUUUUCAUUGCAAAAUUGACAAACAGUUGAAGUGUGUUUACAUUUAUCAUUAUUUCAGUUUAUGAAUACCCCAAUCGUGUGAAAUGUUGAAUGA